GUGUGUGUGUUUCUUCUAUUCUGCAGUACGGGUUUGGGGAACUUACUUUACCUGCUAUAUAGGAUGAAUAUUGUGGAUCUAUUAUAUUCUUGCUGUUUGGAUAUUUGAGGAAAGCACUAGCACGCAUGGGGCUGUAAUGUGAGAUCUAUAUAAAAACACACGGGAGGUUUUGCGCAGAAAUUGCCGCACCGUUCUCCAUUCGUAUUGCCCACCCUACAAGGUGAGCACACGAAGCAGGCGUAGUGCUCCACUUAACAUGGAGAUGUUUGACGUUUGGUGGAACAUGAUGCUGGAAGACCCAUUGGGUCGUUGACUGUUUGAACAAGACAGGACUGUUGGAUGUGCACUCAAACCGACUGAAUUUUCACUCCCAUCCAGUUCUGUGAGUUGGAGCUCCAGGAUGACUGUGGUGGUGGGUGGAGAUAACAUGGACGAAACCUCCUCCACGUUGCAGGGGCAUCCACAGGAUUCGCAGUAUUCCCCCGAGUGCUGCGAGCGGGUGGUUAUCAACAUCUCAGGGCUUCGCUUCGAGACGCAACUCAAGACACUAGCCCAGUUCCCAGACACUCUGCUGGGCAACCCCAAGAAAAGGAUGCGCUACUUUGACCCUUUAAGGAACGAGUAUUUCUUUGACAGAAACCGUCCAAGUUUUGAUGCCAUCCUCUACUAUUAUCAAUCGGGAGGAAGGUUAAGGAGACCCGUCAAUGUUCCUUUGGACAUGUUCUCAGAGGAAAUUAAGUUUUAUGAGCUUGGAGAAGAGGCUAUGGAGAAAUUUCGUGAGGACGAGGGCUUUAUUCGUGAAGAAGAACGCCCCCUGCCGGAGAAUGAGUUUCAAAGACAGGUCUGGCUGCUGUUUGAGCAUCCCGAGAGUUCAGGCCCUGCCAGAGGGAUAGCAAUAGUGUCUGUCAUGGUUAUUCUCAUUUCCAUUGUUAUAUUUUGUUUGGAGACUCUACCGGAGCUGAAAGAAGAUCCACAAGGACGGAUCCAAAUUAUAGGCAACAGCACAUUUUACUACAAACCAAAUAUUUUUACCGACCCAUUCUUUGUCGUGGAGACACUCUGCAUCAUCUGGUUUUCCUUCGAGUUGAUUGUUCGUUUUUUUGCUUGCCCAAGUAAACCUGCUUUCUUUAAAAACAUGAUGAACACAAUCGACUUGGUGUCUAUUAUUCCAUAUUUCAUAACACUUGGAACCGAGAUGGCAGAGGACAAAGGUGGAAAGGAGACAAAGGGUGGAGGGGAGCAGGCCACGUCUUUGGCCAUCCUCAGGGUUAUCCGCCUGGUCAGGGUGUUUAGGAUAUUCAAGCUCUCGAGACACUCCAAGGGGCUUCAGAUCUUAGGUCAGACUCUGAAAGCCAGUAUGCGAGAGCUCGGCCUCUUAAUCUUCUUUCUUUUCAUCGGCGUCAUCUUAUUUUCCAGUGCGGUGUAUUUCGCUGAGGCCGAGGAGAAGGAGUCUUUCUUCACGAGUAUUCCAGACGCCUUCUGGUGGGCGGUGGUUUCAAUGACAACUGUGGGGUAUGGAGACAUGUACCCCGUUACCAUUGGGGGUAAAAUUGUGGGCUCUCUAUGUGCCAUUGCUGGAGUUUUGACAAUCGCACUACCGGUGCCUGUGAUUGUGUCCAACUUUAACUAUUUCUAUCACAGAGAAACUGAAGGUGAGGAACAGGCCCAACUCCUCACUGUGAGCAAUCCAAACAUCGCAUCCGACUCCAACUCCAGUCGGCGCAGUUCCUCUGUUGUCAGUAAGUCAGAAUACAUGGAAAUAGAUGAUAACCUAAAUAAUAGCAUUGAUAACUUUAGAGAGGCGAACCUGCGAACUGGGAACUGUACAGUUGCAAAUCAGAACUGUGUAAACAAAGGGAAGCUUCUCACAGAUGUAUAGAUCUAUAGUUUCAUUCUAGGGGAUUCUACAGAUUCUACAACUGUACAUAUUGUAGUCUAUUAAUAGUAUAAAUACUUUGAUUGGGUUAUUUCAUUACAUAUUUUUUAUCUCAAGAUAUGAUUUCCUUUAAUUUUGUCUAAAGAAGGAUAGUAUAAAACCUGCCUAUGGACACCAAAUACUGCAUAAUUUUCAGAUGUGUAAUUUCUGUGCCACUAUUGGAACCAAAUGGAAUUGCAAAUAUAAUGUUUUUAAACAGAUUUCUGGAACACUCCCCCAUUUGCCAUUGGUUUUCAAACUGAUAGUGCUGCCCCAAACUCAUGCCAUUGGCUGACUAGUGUUGCUGUGCAACGCUGUGUUGUGUUUCCCAAAAUCAUUGUUAGCCAACUUUGGUUGCAAGAUCCAUCAUGGCCACCUGCACCGCGCCAUUUAAUGUAAUCCACUCUGCAUGAUCCAUUUAAGCCUGGCUUAUGACGCGUCCAGUGCAAGGAGUUGUGCAGCACUGAAAACAUUGGGAUGCACAUUUAGCACUUAAAAUAAAAAAGCACUUUUGCAAUAAACCACUAAACAUCUUAAGAGGAGUCCCACAAACUAGAUCAUCUUUUAUCAUCCAGUAAGAGCAGUCUUCAAUUUAGUUUCCAAUGCGAAAUUGGCCAUUCAUCAUGCACGGAAAGAGUCAGGGGUUCUGCAGUGCCCCUGACUGUCCAGGGCCCUUAGAAUCGUCCCAGCCUUCCCCCAAGUUAUGGCACCACAGUGCUUACACUUUGGGGGGAAACAACAUAUAAAUGGUUUACUUAUAGUUGUCAUUGCAUAUUAAGUUGGGAUAUGAGUAAGAAUUAAAACAAAAAUAUGUGCACUUCCCAUUUAAAGACAGAUAGAAAUGAACUACUUUAAUGCUGCCUUUAAUGCUCAGAAUUAUCCUACUUCCCACUUCUGAAGUCGUAAUUACGAGUGUGUCUUGUUUGAUUGUUUUGUUGAUGGAAACAUGGAAGAUAUUUCUUGGGGAAAUCUUAGUUUUACAGUAUAGAUGUCAGUCAGCUUGCUGACGACAAUGUCAUUUUGGUCAAAUACAUGCUAUUUUCUCUGUGUAAAAAUGUACAAUAUGCAUUAAAUGGUUACUGGUAUACAUAAAUGUUUACAACCGAAAAGGCAAGCGAUAACAAGGUAGCUGCAUUUAGAAAAAAUAAUAAAACCUAUCAUUAACUAUAGAAACCAAGCUCUUCUCUGCAAUGUUGAAAGUUUACGUCUCCUCCCAACUCGGACUCUUCAAAAGUCAUAAUUAUGAUUUGAGGGAGCAUUAAUGUGCAAAUUCUGAAUAGGAAACUUAUAUUUACGAUAAUUCCAAAAGCACUUGAAGGCAGCAUAGGUACACUGGAAGGCAGUUGCUUCUACUGAUGACUGCUUGUGUGGGACUUUUUAAUAUUUUAGCAAUGCACCUUAUCCCAAAAGAUUAUAAGUUAUUCAGUGACUCAUUUUGCAAGAAUUUUAUCAGCAUGUAGAAUUAUUGUUUUUUACAAAUGUGCAACAUUUGUUUCUUUGUUUAUUUAUUGCUUGUUUGCUUGUUUGUGUCUGCCAAAGGCUACUGAUAACCAUUUACAAACUGAAUGUUCAACGAGUCUCAGUUCAUUAAUUAUGCAGAUCAUGGCAUGUUUUAUGAAAAUGUAAGGUUUUUUCGAUAUGGUACUAUGUAUCCUGCUAUAAUUAAUAUGUUAAAAAUAACAGUUUCCACAUAUUGUCAAACUGACAGUACUACCACUGCUCAUUAAAAGCACAACUUUCAGAAAAGUAUUUUAAAUCUACUGUUCAAGUGAGUAUUAUAAGUUAGAUAGUAUGGCUUCAUUAGUUAAACCUUUUAAAUAUGUAAAUAUUUAAUACUUAUUCACUCAGUUUUUUUUUCUUCAUAUCUCCACCUAUAGAUCUAAAGAUUUAAUAUCUAUCUGUUUGUCUGUCUGUCUAUCUAUCUACUGUUUCUCUCUAGAAAAUAAUUCAUUACAAGUUAAUAGUGCCUUCAGCCCUCAAGCUCACACAGAGUGUGUCCAUGUGCAAUAGUUUCAGUAAGAACCCUUACACUUGAGGGAAUCAUUUCCAUAUCUAAGCAUGCACUGAGGGUGCAUGACAGUUCAAAUAAAAUUCUAGAACUACUA